GGCAGCACAUCCGCCUGACCCGCCAGUGUUUACAAAUCAGCAGUCAGUGUCGAUGCACCAGAAUGAGGGUCCCUGCAUGAUCCCGCACAGAACAUUCCUCGCCUUCUGAGUCUUGACUUCGGGGAACGCCGCGGCUCCCUCCCCCAGCUGGGCCGCAGUCAUGCAGCACCCCAACUUUGAGACCCGCCACCCGCUCCAGGCAGACGAGCAGCAGGAGACCGGCUUCGACCCGCUCCACAAUUUCAACAAGAAUCGCAGCAGAGGAUCGCUCGACAGCAGCUCCUACUCCCAGUCUGAGUCCACCUUCCUCUCCUACAGAAAAGAAUGGGACGACUUGUUCCUCAACAGUAAUUACCUGGCCAGGACCCGGCAGGCUGGCGUCUGCGGUCGGCUGAGGAGUAGUCGCUUUCGGAGCGUCUGUUGGAAGUUAUACCUGGAGGUCCUCCCUGAAGACAAGGGGCAGUGGAUCAAGAGGACCAAGGAGCACCGGGCGCAGUAUGAGAAGAUCAAAGAGAUGCACAUCACUAACCCCCGCAAAGCUGCAGGCCAGCAGGACCUGGUGGUCAACAAUCCACUGUCCCAGGAUGAGGGGAGUUUAUGGAACAAGUUCUUCCAGGAUAAGGAGCUGAAGGGGAUGAUCAAGCAGGACGUUUUUAGGACAUUCCCCGAGAUCUGCUACUUCCAGAACGAGGACGUGAGGACCAAGCUGACCGACAUUCUUUUCUGCUACGCCAGAGAGAACGAGCAGCUACUCUAUAAACAGGGGAUGCACGAGCUGCUGGCCCCCAUAGUGUUUGUGCUGCACUGUGACCACCAGGCCUUCCAGCACGCCAGCGAGACAGCCAGCCCCAGUGAAGAGAUGAAAUGUCUGUUGAACCCUGCGUACCUGGAACACGAUGCCUACGCCAUGUUCUCACAGCUGAUGGAGACAGCAGAGCCGUGGUUCUCCACCUUUGAGAGGGAAGUGAGGAAGGGCAAGGAGGAAAUGCUGACCAGCAUCCCCUUCGCUCGGCCCCAGGACGCCGGCCCCUCCGUCGCCAUCGUGACCAAAGUGAACCGCAUCCAGGACCAGCUGGUGAAGAAGCACGACGUGGAGCUGCACAUGCACCUGAACCGGCUGGAGAUCGCUCCGCAGAUCUACGGCAUCCGGUGGGUCCGCCUGCUGUUCGGCCGGGAAUUUCCCCUCCAGGACCUGCUGGUGGUGUGGGACGCUCUGUUUGCUGACAGCAUCACUCUGGAUCUGGUGGACUACGUCUUCGUGGCCAUGCUGCUUUACAUCCGAGACGCUCUAAUUGCAAGCAACUUCCAAACCUGCCUGGGCCUUCUGAUGCAUUACCCUCCCAUAGGAGACAUCAACGCUUUACUGCAGAAAGCCCUGUUCCUCCGGGAUCCCAAAAAUAAUCCUCGUCCUGUGAACUACCAGUUUCAGCAGAACCUGGAUUACUACAAAACAAGGGGAGCCGACCUGAUGAACAAGACACGGUCUGGCUCUACGGUAAAAGCUGCUCCGCUCAACAUCAACAAGGUGUCCAGCAGCCUGCUGAGCUUCGGCAGAAAGCUCAUCGCUCCGGCCAUGUCCGGCGUCUCCAGCAACGUCGCCCCCAUCAACAGCGAGGUGUACUCCUCCUACGCGGCCCCUGCCUCGCCGCCCGCGCCCGCCCUGUCACACCCGCUCGCCGAGCCCUCGGAUCAGGCGCAGACGCAGAACCAGGCCCAGACCCAGAACUACCGUCUGCUGAAGUCUGAAAGUAUGCCAGUCCACCUCAGCAAAGAUGCAGUUUUAGGUGGCGUGUCUCAGGGCUCUCUCCCAGAUCAGCCUCUUACUGACACACAAGGCCAGAGCUCAAGGAUGGUCAGCUCCUCCCCCAGCACUGAGAGCCUUUCUGGUGGGCGGGGCCAGUCCACCGCCUCCCCACCUCUCCCGCCCUCCAGGGGGAGUGACGUCAGCAGCUCCUCUCCGCCCCUCUCUGCCCACAAGAAGGAGUCCUUCUUCAACAUCACUCGCUCUCGUUCCCACAGCAAAACCAUGGGAAAAAGAGAGGCGGACGAGGAUCUGGAAGCCCAGGUUUCCUUCCUGCAGGGCCAGAUUAACGACCUGGAGGCCAUGAGCAAGUACUGCGCCAGGAUGAUGAAUGCACACAUCUGUAAAAUCCAGGAGGUGAUUCUCCAAGAGCACCUGGAGAAAGAAGAUGAAGUCCUGGUCUCUCUAGCCGGACUUAAACAGAUCAAAGACAUCCUGAAGGGAGAGCUGCGCUUCAACCAGAGUCAGCUGGAGGCCGAGGAGAACGAAGAGAUCACCAUCGCCGACGACCACUACACCGCGGCGGCGGCUGCAGCGGCGGCGGCCGAGACCUCGCUGAACUACAUGCAUCAGCUCGCCGAUCACCAGCAGGGAGACGGCAGCAGGCGGAGCGGAGACCCUCAUCAGGACGUGAGCGCCGGCACGGAGGAGAAGGAAGAGGAGGAGCCAGCAGGGACCCCGCCCGAGCAGCCGGUGCCGUCAUCUGUGGGCUCGGAGGGGAAGAACUGGGACGACUACAUCCUUGUGUCUCAGGACGGAGACCUGCUCGCGGACGGGAGAGAAGCUGAAGGCAAGCCCCCGCUGCCACUAAGACGAGGCCCCGGUGCGGUCCGAAUGGAGCCCGACGGCUCGUCUGGGACUUUUCACGACCCCCUGAUGACUGCCGCCGCGUCGGGCUCCUCCAGCCCAGAGGAGGGCUCCACCAACAGCAAGGACUCCGACUUUACCAUAGUGAACCCAAACGACCUGUGAACGAGAAAGUCACUCCAGCUCUCCCCUCUCUCUCGCCGUUCACGGCGUCUGAUUUAACAACUGACUUCAGUGGGUAGGGAACCACCCGCUACUAGUGCCACGCCACUAAAACGUCACACAUAUACGGACUGUGACCCGGAGAGUCCCGCAUCCCUUCUGCUUUCUCUCUAAUCGUCAUCUGUGCCACGCAAGUCCUGUCUGAACUGAUGCUGCGAGCCUUCUCAUCUAUCUUAACGCCUGCUCAGCCUUUUAAUGGGUUGCCUCCCCCUCUCACCUAUUUUUGGUCAUCCCUACUGUAGCACCCAUCCCUGCAGACAGGGGGUGCUGUUGGACUGCUUACUCUGUCUCUAGACAGUUAUUCUGAAGGACCUGAGACUGCAGUUUUCUCUCAGGGGAAAACUUUCUCCUGUGAGAGGAUGUUUAUAUGAAUGUGGAGAACCAGCCAUAUUUCUGCCUGUGUGU